GCUAUGUUGCGUAUUUCCGUUUCCUUUUGACAUAUCCUGUUUACUGGGACGUGUAGUUUUCAAGCAUUUGCGCAUUAGCUUAGCUCUGGCCCCUCUCAGGUAUGACAUGGCCAAAGAGGUAAUCUAAUUUGAUAGUUUUAAAUCAUUAUUUUAAGUAUACAGUGCCAUCUAGUUAUUCUUCAUAUGCUAAAUGCGCUCUGAAUAUGUCUUCAUGUAUGUGGCUUAACUUAAGGCUCGCCAGCAUUUCACUGAUUCAUAUAGGCCAAUUCAGGUGUAAAUCCAUUGAGACUGCAUACACAACAGGCUGAUCCCCACAAAUGUAUUCAGUUUUUCUUUCAUGCAAUAAUUUCUACCAGCUUUGUCGCACCAUUCCAUAAGCUACCAUAAGCUACUCCAUGCAAGCCCUUAAACAGAACCAGCUGACCUGCCAGUUAGUUACCUUUACAUUUACAUCUAAUAAUAAGACUGCUAUUAUGUUCUUUUUUUCUAACCAGAACAAGGUGCUGUCAAACAUUAAACGAACGAACACAAGGAAACAUUUACAGUUGCCCAUUCUUCAGCAUGCAUUUCGAUUUACACGUUCACCUAUUUAAUCAAAGGCAUAGGCGCUAUCGAUGGGACAUUUAACUGGCCAUAUUCAUGAAUAGAGACGGUGCCUUUUUUUCAGUCUUCGCUUUCCUCCGAGUUUUCUACUGGGCGCUUCUUUUCAUGCCUGCUUCAACGGGCCAUAGCGCACAGAAGGGGGAGGGAAUCUCUGAGGUUAACGGGGAUCUCCCAGUCAACGUCAUGUAGCGUUGCUCGGACCGUGGGAUCCAGCGAAACACGCUCUAGACCGAGGUUUGACGGGCAAAUCUACUUUACAGCAGUGGGAGGGUUCGGUAAGCCCACCGUUCUCGGCUGUUCAGUGGGAGGAGCCAAUCGGCGGCACUGAGCAGUGAGAAAGAGCGUUGACAGAAGGGUGAUGGGGCUUUGGGGACAGGAAGUGAGCUCGUGAUGAGGAUCAGCGCUCCGUGAUCCGUGGACAUCUGAGAAGCAGAAAGCGAUAAAAGCAAGAGAGAAAGGAUCUUUUGUUUUUGUUUAUUUCUUUGUUGGCUCUCAUCCUCGUCCAACAUGUCUUCUCACUGGAGACGCUUAUUUCACCAAAGCCUGUCUCACCCCACCACAAGGCCUGUCUCUCUUCUCCCACACUGCAAACCGUGAGCAGAGAGACACCCCAAUCACAUACACACACACACACACACACACACCACACACACCACACACACACACACACACACACACACACACACACACACACACACACACACACACACAACAUCCUACCACGGGCUUUGCCCUGAACUGCUGACUGCAUGACUGUUUGGCUGGCUGGACUGUGCGGCUCCUGACCAUGAAGAGACCCAAGCAGCAGUCGCAGGCUCUCAGCUUCCUCAGCUUCUUCAGCCGCAAGCCCAAAUCCGAUCCCAGGAUCGAGAGGCCCUCCGGAGCUGUAAGCCAAGAGGUGGUCAUCACACUAACGCCCAAUGAGCAGGAACCAGCAGAACAGGACCAGAACACUGCGACAGAGAGCCAAGGGGAAAUGGCUGGCGGUGUGGACGGUUGUGGAGAAGGAGGAGGAGAGGGAGGCAGGGAAGGAGAGGUCACCGCUGCCUGCUGCACGGGCAACCAGGACGAGGGGCUCACAGCACCAGCGGCUGCGGCCCUGUCAGGUGCAGCGCCGUCUGGGGCCGACUGUGGCAGCGGCUCGGGCUCCACGGGCCUGCUGGCGCUCUCGCUGUCCAGCCAGGACCAGCUGCAAAUGGAACACCUGGAGGAGUGUCCUCUGUGCCUGCUGAGCCAACCCCGUGGUCACUUCCCACGCCUUUCCUCGUGCCCGCACCGCGCAUGUGCUGACUGCCUGCGCCAGUACCUGCGCAUCGAGAUCUCUGAGAGCCGCGUUGGCAUCGCCUGCCCACAGUGCCCCGAGGCCCUGGCGCUGCACGACGUUCGUGCCAUCCUGGACGACAGCACCCUGCUCGAGCGCUUCGAGGAGUACCAGCUGCGACGCUUCCUGGCAGCAGACCCAGACACGCGCUGGUGCCCUGCGCCCGAUUGCAGCUAUGCAGUGAUUGCCUACGGUUGUGCCGAGUGUCCUAAGCUGAGCUGCGGACGUGAGGGGUGCGACACGGAGUUCUGCUACCACUGCCGCCAGCUGUGGCACCCUGACCAGACCUGUGACCAGGCCAGACGCCAACGAGCCCGAUACACCACAGGCGCCGAGGCCUCCACGCUAUAUGUCUUCAACGAGGAGUCCGGCGGCGAUGCGGAGGAGAUCAAGGCCUGUCCGCGGUGCGGCGCAUACAUCAUGAAGACCAACGACGGCAGCUGCAACCGAAUGAACUGCACCGUGUGUGCCUGUCAGUUCUGCUGGCUCUGCAUGCAGGAGAUCACAGAUGUGCACUACCUCAGUCCCUCGGGCUGCACGUUCUGGGGGAAGAAGCCGUGGUCGCAGACCCGGAAAGUUCUGUGGCAGGUGGGCAUGCUGCUGGGUGCACCGGUGGUCAUCUCGCUCAUCGCCGGGAUUGCCAUCCCCGUCAUAAUCGUGGGCAUCCCCAUCUACAUGGGGCGCAAGGUCCAUGGUCGCUGUAAGAAAAACAAUAUCUCAGGAAGCAAACACUACUUGACUGUGGCCAGUGGAGUUAUGAUGUCUGUGUUUGUGUCUCCAGUCAUAGCGGCCAUUACUGUGGGUGUGGGGGUACCGCUGAUGCUGACGUAUGUCUAUGGUGUGGUGCCGAUGUCGCUCUGUCGAAACGGGUGGUGCCGACCGCAAAACGAACAGCCCGAGGCGCAUAAAAUCCAGCUGGAGGACUUAGCCAACUAUCUUCUAUUUUCUCAUGUAGUCAGUGACCAUUGGACCGGUCAGCCCAAACCGGCGCUCAGCGAUGCUAGCGUACAGGAAGUCAGCGUCGUCUUGGAAGACGUGGGCGCGUUGCCUGGCACCAGUGCCGUUCUCACGCCGUGCCCUGAUUCCCCCAACGACUCCCCGCCGGACGACUGCAUCGUGGGCGUGGAACACGUGGAGCAGGAGGACGAACAGUCGGAGGUGGAAGCCGAGUGUGCUUUCAGUAGCAGCCAGACGUUUGCCUUGAGGGAGGGGACCAACAUCGAGGUACGGGUGGAGAUCGAGGCUCAGCCUCGCGGCGCGAGGCAACCCAGCCUCAGCAGUGUGCUCUCCAGCCGGAGCCUGUCCGUGGAGUCCCUCCACCAAUCCCAAGAGCCGCUGUGUGCCUCCCAUCCAGCCCUGGGUGGAGACGCCCCGCCCAUAUCUGAGACGGACAGCGUUUGAGCCCCGCCCCUGCAAAUCUCACCUGUUUCACCCCGCCCACUGCUUCUCCUCCCUGCCACUUGACUCUUUCUGUGCCUAGGGGCCGAGCGAGUGACAAUAAGAGACAAUAACAGGAAGAAUGAGAGAGACAGAGAGAGAGAGAAAUGGUUUGAGGUAGAGUGAGGACUUGGAGAAGAUAAAACCAAGGCAGCUGCCACAAUGCCAGGAGGAGGAUCACAGAGAAAACAAAACAACAUAGACUCGUACGCUAAUGACAGAGAGCAUGUUUGUCAGCUAGUUUGAUGGGUGUUUUAGCUUUGGGUUUUCUUCCUCUUCUUUUUUUAAAACAAAAUGUGAUUUAAUGAAAGAAAUGCCUCUCCGGAUGCUGUUCUAUUUUUAUUUAUUUGUUUAAACCCUUCUUUUAGCUGUAUCCUAGGACUUAAAGGCCAUAUGAUUUAUCCACUCAGCACCAUCAGACUAACUCUCCCCAACGAGUUUUCAAUAGUUUAGGAGCAUGAUUUCUUCUGCAAGGGUGCACAGCCAAAAUGUGACACCGCACUGUAACCGUACCCCAGUGCGACGGUGAGAGCAGAUGCCUCCUUUGCCCGGACACUGCGGUGCUACAGGCUACCAAGUAACAGGGUUUCUAAUGGGUUUUCCCAUAUGGUGUCUCUCAUGGUGCGUGCACUUCAAUUAUGCAAGCCUUUUUACGUAAUGCCCAGCAAAGACAUGGUUGCCCCAGAGUGUCUCCGGAUACAGUAGCCCUCAUAAAAAGUCACACUGUCUGUUGUAAAAAGAAAUUGUGUGUUCGGGCUGGACCCCUAAAGGAACCCUUUAAGCCCUGACUCACCCCUAUUUACACCACGGAAAAGGUUCUAUGAGAAACCUAUUAAUGGUUCUGACAAAUAAGGUUCUUUACAGACAGAUAUCUUCAUAAAGCUGAUAGCUCAGUAGAAAUCUUGGGGGAAAAAAACAUCAGGGUGGGUCUAGGAGGAACUUAAUAAGAAAAGUUAUUUUAAUUGGGAAUGAUCCAAAGAGCCCUUUUUUCUCUCAAGAAUAUAAAGAGUUUAUUUUUAGGCAGCCUGAAGCCUGUGAGAACCAGAGCAGCUAAUGAGUUAAUGAUUGAACUUCCACUGUAAUGACAUCAUUCAACACUGCCCCACUAAACUGUGCUCCCGUGCUCCAUUUUGUUUUCCACUCACAAACUCAGAUGACAUUUGAGAAGAUGGGGGUCUAAAAAUGCUGGCUUAGCAAUAUAUUUUUUUAGUUUAUUCACAGGAGAAAAAUCGUUCAAAAUACAACAAAAUAACACUUCUACCUAGAACCUUUUCCACAUUAAUCUCUUUUUGGACUUUUGUUGGCAAGGGUUCUUCACUUAAAAUAGUUGUAACAUUAACUGCAAAAAAAAGAUCAUCUCUAUUAGCAUCUAAGUAGAAUUUCCAAGAGUUCUCCACAGGAAAUUAAGAACUUUUAAAUGGCCCAGGAUCCCUUUUUCAAAAAGAGUGUGUAGCAGGAUGUAUGUAUUUACUUAUUUACAAAGGGUCAUCCGGUGGAUGGAUGGAUGGGGGACUUGCACUUUUUUAUUUUCAUUCUUUUCUUUCCCAUGAGGACUGUAACUGUAAUGAACUGGACUUUCCUCGCAGCGCAGUUGGAAACCUCCAUGCUUACAAUCGGCCGGCCAUGCUGUAGAGCAAUAGUGAUGUCACCAGCGAGGAGGGGAAUGAUACAAAGCUGUUUCCCUGCUUCUCAGAACUGGGCACCAAAGGUCCAUGGACCAGACACCGAAACCUCAGCAUGCCAGCAGCAGCAGCAGCAGCAGCAGCAGCAGCAGAAACUAUACCGCCUCUGUUAGGAAGUACACACAUGAUAGAAGAGAAGAGAUAACAACAACAACAAAAAAAUAUAUAAAGAUUCCUGGGAGACCUCUUUACUGGUCAACUACAAGAGCUGCACUGGUGGGGGAGAGGGACGAAUUGAGUUGGUGCAUAAAUAAAGAUUCCACCAUGGAAGAUGUAA